CUUCCUCUCUGCGCGCGGCGCUUCCGGUCUUUCUUUCCCUCCGGUGCGGUCUCAGUACAGUCGCACAUGUCCAUCUGCCCCGCAACAUCUGGAAUGCCGUCUAAGAUCCUGCCCGCCGCCGACCGGAGCGCUGUGCCGGAGGAGCUGGAGAGCGGCCCGCCGCUGCUGAAGAAAAAGAAAAAGAAAAUGAAAGAACCGAAACAGGUGGCAGAUGAGUGUGAUCCACCGACUCCCAAGAAGAGAAAGGCUGAGAAGAUGCCCACCGAAUCCACAGACACGAACGGAAACACGGACACAAUCCAGAUCAAGCUGAAGAAGAAGAAGAAGAAGGCAAAUGUGGAGGACGUGAUGGGCAACGGAGAGCCUGAUAAAGCAUGUGUGUCAGCUGUAGAUACGCCUGGACCGUCCAGCGAGGACUCAGACAGCGAGCGCGAGAAAGAAACCCCGGAGCAGAAAGAAGGAGCCUUCUCCAACUUCCGGAUCUCGCAGAACACCAUCACACUGCUGCGGGCCCGUGGUGUUUCGUAUCUCUUCGACAUCCAAGUGAAGACCUUUAACUCGGUGUAUGAUGGGAAGGAUGUCAUUGGCCAGGCGAGGACCGGCACGGGGAAGACCUUCUCGUUCGCUGUCCCUCUGGUGGAGAAGCUGCAGUCCGCAGCGGAGGACAGGAGAAGAGGCCGGGCCCCGAAGGUGCUGGUUCUGACGCCGACUCGUGAGCUCGCCAUUCAGGUGGCCAAAGACUUCAAAGACGUCACCAGGAGACUCUCUGUUACGUGCUUCUACGGAGGAAGCUCAUACAACCCACAACUGGAAGCGAUCCGCAAUGGCAUCGACGUACUGGUGGGCACGCCGGGUCGAAUCCGAGACCAUCUGCAGAAUAACAAGCUGGAUCUGUCUCAGCUGAAGCACGUGGUGCUGGACGAGGUGGACCAGAUGCUGGACAUGGGCUUCGCCGAGCAGGUGGAGGAGAUCCUCUCUCUGUCCUAUAAGAAAGAUGCAGAGGAGAAGCCGCAGACGCUGCUGUUCUCAGCGACGUGUCCCUCCUGGGUUUACGACGUGGCCAAGAAAUACAUGCGCUCUCAGUUCAUCCAUGUGGAUCUCAUCGGGAAGAAGACCCAGAAAGCCGCCACCACAGUCGAGCACCUGGCGAUCGCGUGUCACUGGUCUCAGCGGGCGUCUGUCAUCGGCGACGUCGUUCAGGUGUACAGCGGCAGCCACGGCCGGACCAUCGUCUUCUGCGAGACCAAGAGAGACGCCACUGAGCUCUCCAUGAACACAUCCAUCAAACAGAGCGCGCAGUCGCUGCAUGGAGACAUCCCUCAGAAGCAGAGAGAGAUCACGCUCAAGGGCUUCAGGAGCGGCACGUUCGAGGUGCUGGUGGCCACUAACGUAGCGGCCCGCGGCCUGGACAUCCCCGAGGUGGACCUGGUCAUUCAGUGCGCUCCUCCAAACGAUGUGGAAUCAUAUAUCCAUCGGUCUGGACGGACCGGCAGAGCUGGAAGAACAGGCAUCUGCAUCUGUUUCUACCAGCGCAAGGAGGAGAGCCAGCUCAAGUUUGUGGAGCAGAAAGCGGGAAUCACCUUCAAACGGGUCGGGGUCCCGACGGCCAACGACAUCAUCCAGUCCUCCAGUAAAGACGCCGUGAGGUUUCUGGACUCGGUCCCGGCCGUGGCGGUGGGGUAUUUCCGCGAGGCGGCGCGUGAACUGAUCGAGCAGCGCGGGGCGGAGGAGGCACUGGCGGCAGCCCUCGCUCACAUAUCAGGAGCCACCAGCCUGGAGCAGAGGUCCCUCAUCAGCUCCGAUGCCGGGUUCUCCACCAUGAUACUGAACUGCUCUCAAGAAAUGCACAACAUCGGCUUCGCCUGGCGCGGCCUGAAGGAGCAGCUCGGGGAAGGAAUCGAUGAGCACAUCAAACGCAUGACCUUCCUCAAGGGCAGGACGGGUGUGUGUUUCGACGUCCCAGCCAGCAAAGUGAAAGAGAUGCAGGACAGAUGGCAGGACGGCGGGCGCUGGCAGCUGAGGCUUGACAAAGCAUUAGCUGGAGCUGAAAUGAGUUCAUGGCGUUGUCAACGGGAUCGUUCACCCAAAAAGAACAAUUCUGCUAAAGCAAUAAGCCCCGAGAAACAGCUGCUCCUGCUGACAGCAAGGCCGCUCAAGAUGCUUUAUUAG